GAAAAAAAUUAGCAACAAAUCCCAGAAGAGUUUGCGGGCUUUACAAAAUGGCUGACAUGGAGAGGUGUUGUGUGGUUUAAUGGGUUUAUUGAGGAUUUUGCACGAAAAAUGACAGAAGGAAUCGCUGAUUGCAUGCCACUGGCGCUUCGAUCCGUCGGGGAUGCCAUCAGGCUUGAUUCAGAAAACAGAACGAAGGAGGCGUAUUGUCAAUAUCUGAGUUGUAUGAUUUAUAUCUCACAAGUUCUGAAGGAUGAUGCUUGGGACAAAGAUAUAAGAGUGGUUUUCACUAGUGACACUGCCAAGUUAUUCCGCCUACUUCAGCAAUGUCAGGAGAGAGCUCUCACCAUAAUUUCGUCCUUUGCAAAUGGCACAUCAACCAGUCAAAAGCCUGACACUCAACUGACAAAGCAUCUUCAGCCUCCACCAGGAGGUGUACCGCGCAGAUAUUCUGAUAGCUCUGUUUCAGAUGCUGGCCAGUCAACUCAGUCACACUUGUCUCCUCAGAGUGGAGCACCUCAUAAGCUGUCUGACACAACUGCGCCAACAUCGGACCUGGCACUGCCCUCCACCGAUGGACACCUGCAUCUACCUUCACCACCAAGUUCCCCCAUGCUGCACCAUCGAAGAACUGGCAGUUAUGAUCCCUUGGAUAAAGCUUACAAAGAAAACAAGCAGUUAAUACAGGCUUACAGGACAAGAAUGCAGAAUUCAAAUAGAGGAGGGAAAAAACAGGAUGUGAUGUCUCGGAAUCUGAGUUUAAUGAGAAGAAUGUCAGAAAAUCUUGUCAUUGCUCAAGCGAGAGAACAAGCUAUAAAGAAGAAACUGCUUGAGCGACAACAAAGACUGCAAGAGGAGACAAACAGACGGUUUGGCCCUGCUGCUUUUUCGACAAAGGAAGAGCAAAACCAGCGUGUUCUUUACACCAAGAUUCUGGAGUUUGAACAAGAGGCAGUGUGGCCGAAACUUUUACGUGAAAAGCUAAAACUUAUGCCUUUGGAAUCCAAGUUGGUCAAAGAAAUAAUAACCAAGAUAUUCAGUUCGGCAGACCACCCUCUGACCCAGGUCCUUCUUCAGUAUCAAUAUUACGUGUAUCGGAAGCUGGCGCCUCUUGUAAAGGAUGUAGGAUUCCCGGAUGUACGGAGCGGCAGAAAAGCUACGAGUCCUCAAGCUGACGUGAUCUUCAAUGAAUCGCAUUCUGAUGAAGAAGCCGUUAACAAGGAAAGCGAUGCCGACGGGGAGGAUGAAGAAAAACACGGGCAGGACACAAAUUUGCAACGUUUGCCAUCUGAUUCUGAUAACAAGGAAAGUGGAAAUAAAGCAAACGAAGACCAGGAAGACAGUGCUGAGAAAAAGGGACAUCAUGAUGUUGAACAACAUGAAGUGGUAUAUGGGAACACCGGCGACAUAGAUAAAGGGUCGACCGUCGAUAGUGAAUGUGCCAGUUCUGUAACAGAUUUGGAGAAACUUAAGAAUCUUCUGCAAGAAGAGGCUCAGCCAGAAACUCCUAAAGCUGAGACAACACAGGUUGAUGAUUCAAGCCAUGGACAAGAGCCUUCUGCUGUGGCCUUGGUGAAUGAAUCUGAGAAUUUGGAGAAUUAUUUCCAAGAACUCGAGGAUGAUAUGUUUGGUUGGGAAAGCGACGUUGCUGACAAAAACGCCUCUGACAGUGAGGCUGGUAAUACAGAAGACUGUCGAGAAAUAACGAAUGAAAAAUCACUUUCUGAAGGUAAAGAAGAGAGUGAUUCGAGCGUCAAAGAGAACAGAACUGAAGUUGUGGAAGAAUCGACUGAUGCGAAUGAUGUGGCAAUAUUCAAACCGGUAGAUUCGCCACAAGGCGAAGACUCUCAUUCUCCUCAUGACACACACGAACCCAGUGAAACGGAUCAGUCGAGCAAGAUAGGCGUUGAUUCGCAACAUGUUAAUGAGAAAGAAGAGGUGAUAAAUCCAAGAUAUGAUGGAAAGACAUUGAAAACGAAUGAGGGUGAUUCAAGCCUGGAAGAACAAUGUCCUGACGAACAGAGAGCCAGUGGUAACACCAACGACGGCGACGACGAAGAAGUCCAAGAAAGAAAAGACUUAGAAACACGUGACACACCAGCGGAACAGACAACUGAUCGGGCGAACUGUGGUGAUCAAGGAAAUGAACAGAUACCCAAGUUACCUUUGUUUGCAGGUGAGGACGGUAACAACACAAAAGAACAGGAUGACGGCAUAACGGUACCACCCACUGAUGAAGUAAGAAAACAGUUAAAGGACGUCUUGGUGGAUGUGCGGUUUUUUCUUGAAAAUCUUCAGAAGCUAUUAAUUCUUGCUUAUGAACCACUGGAUACACCAGCCGGUCGAGAUUUGUGUUAUUCCUGCAUGGAGUUCCCUUUCUUUAAACCUCUGUGGCCCAUGCUGUUAGCUGUGCUCAGGCAAGUGAAUUUCGAGAAAGAACUUCGUUUGGCUGACGUGAUGUCAGAUAACAUCAGUAAAGACCCUGCUGAGCUGGGUGUACCUCAAAGACUCUGCCUCGAUGAAAAGACCAUUCUUGACGCAACAGGUAACAAGUAUCCGUAUCAGAUGGCAGUUGAAGAACUUCACAAAGUCGUCACGCUCUUUUGUCCUUUGGAAAAAUUAGAAUGCUUAGUGCGAACGUCACGUUGUAUCUGCCAGUGUGUUGAAGAUUACUGGGAGACUAAAGGAAAGCCACGCCACAGCUCAGAGACUGCCAUUGGCUGCGACGACUUGCUGCCUAUCCUGAGUUUUGUUAUUAUUCGGAGUGGAAUGGCGCAGUUAGUUUCUGAGUGUGACGCCAUGGAGGAAUUCAUACCCGAGGGGUACCUCAUGGGAGAAGAAGGUUACUGUCUCACGACUCUUCUAACAGCCCUGGCUUAUUUGGCCACCCUGAAGCCCACGUGACCCUGCUCUCUGAAGAAACAUCAAGGCACAAGAUGAAACUGGAAUGUGUUGGAUUAACCUGUACACUAGCUUUGGAAUCCCAUCUGAGGCCAAACGUGUGAAUGAAUUAGGCUUUCUUCUCUUGGAGGCCAUUUUGACUGGAUUCAUAGAAUGUGUUAGGCCUGUGUUGAAUUGCUCCUCAGUAGUUGUUUACGUGACCCUGCUUGUUGGCAUUUGGCUCGUAACGCAAUAUUUCUCUGAAGAUUUGCGUGACGACUCAAAAAUCAACUGAUACAUGGACAUAGUGUGAGAUAGUGGAUCUUGUGGUUCAAUUUUACCCGUGGUACAACUUGGUAGUCUCCUUUGUGCUGGUGUAUGGUAAGAUAUUAUAAUGUGUAGGAAACGAAAGAAGACACCAAAUUGUAUCAAGGGUAAUGGUGAACCACAACGUGGAUGUGGUUUCCUUUCUUAGAAGUACGGAAGAAAAUGAAUAGUGACGUACUGUAAUGAUUCGAUGUAGAGCCGGGGUUCAAGGGAGGGCCCUUAUUGGAGAGAAGGCGCUGAUUAGCGACGGGCGCUUGUGUCCCUUUCGAACAUAUACAUCUGAAUGUGACACAAUAAAAUGCAAUACAACAGAUCCUUUAACUCAAGAACUGUAACAAUAGGGGUUCUAAUAGUCAUAGUGUUCAAUAUUACGUUUAGAUGAGGAAGCAGACUCCAUAGUUCAUCAUCUAAUUACUCUAUUCUAUGUCAAUUUCUUUAGUUUCACUUUCGCUAUGGGGGCGCUUAUCGGAAAGAGGCGCUUAUUAAAAAAGACGGCACUCGGUGAGGAGUGCUUAUUAUAAAGAAGGUGCUUAUUGGAAGGAAGGAGCUAAAUAGAAUCAUCACGGUAUUCAUCAGACUUGACGCGAACUUAGUAGGGCUGUAGAUGCAAUUCACAUAGACAGGAAGGGAAAAUCUUACAUUUAAAGUCCAGAGACAGUAAAAUUUGUGAACACUGAAGUAUGGCAUACAGUAGUCAUAGUAUAGUUGCUUUAUUUUAUGACACUUUAUUUUCGGUUAUCGAUACAAAUAUACCCCAGAACUCAAUUGAAAAGACAGGUGUUAUUGCGUCAUGCAAAGCAUGCAGACACGGUCUUUAUUCGUCGUUACAUGAAUAUUGCGCCAAUUAAAACAAAUGUUAUUGAGUUAUGAAAUAGACUCGAAGGCGUCCGAAUUAAAACAUAAAUUAAAAUACAUGUUACUGUAAAGUGUAUGCUUGUGAUAGUAUCUUACCGAAAAUGGUGAGUAAAGGUAUUAUUAUUAAAUUAGUAUUUUGCGAAACCAGCUUAUCUUAAUAUCCACACGAACAUAUAUUUGGAUGUAUUCUGAUAGGGAAUAUUGGUAAUACAUACAACGGAAAAUAAAAGGCAGUAAAAAUGUACCGCGAA